GCGUCAACUCCCCAGUCCCCCCACCGCCACCGCCGUUGUACAGAGGAAGAAAGGGGGAGACGGGCAGCCUAAACAGCGCGCUUCCACACAAAUAUGAGCGGCAGCGGGCGGGCCAGGACCAGCUCAUUCGCGGAGCCUCCCGGAGCUCCUGGAUCCGCUGCAGCCGGCGCCGGAUCGGCAGUAGCCGGCGGGAGCUCGGCAGGAAAAACCGGGGCUUCACAAGCCAGUGGGAGCAGCUCGACGAGCUUUGGGAAUCUGAAACUCCCUAGGGACAGUGGUAAAGUGACCACAGUGGUAGCCACACCCGGACAGGGCCCUGAUCGCCCACAGGAAGUGUCCUACACAGACAUAAAGGUUAUAGGAAAUGGCUCCUUUGGAGUGGUCUACCAAGCUCGCCUCAUCGACAGCCAGGAGAUGGUGGCAAUUAAGAAAGUUCUCCAAGACAAGAGGUUUAAGAAUAGGGAGCUGCAAAUUAUGAGGAAAUUGGACCACUGCAACAUUGUGAGGCUACGUUACUUCUUCUACUCCAGCGGAGAGAAGAAAGAUGAGGUGUAUUUGAAUCUGGUGCUGGACUACGUCCCUGAGACAGUGUACAGGGUGGCUCGGCACUUCAACAAGGCCAAGACCACCAUCCCCAUCAUCUAUGUUAAGGUGUACAUGUACCAGCUGUUCCGCAGUCUGGCUUAUAUCCAUUCCCAGGGCGUGUGUCACAGAGACAUCAAGCCCCAGAACCUCCUGGUGGACCCAGAGACGGCCAUCCUCAAACUCUGUGACUUUGGCAGUGCAAAGCAGCUAGUUCGAGGUGAGCCGAAUGUGUCCUAUAUCUGCUCACGGUACUAUCGUGCCCCAGAGCUCAUCUUUGGUGCCACCGACUACACGUCCAACAUUGACAUCUGGUCAGCCGGCUGUGUGCUGGCUGAGCUGCUGCUGGGACAGCCUAUCUUCCCUGGGGACAGUGGUGUGGACCAGCUAGUAGAGAUCAUCAAGGUUCUGGGGACACCAACAAGGGAGCAGAUCCGGGAGAUGAACCCUAACUACACAGAGUUCAAAUUCCCACAGAUCAAAGCACACCCUUGGACAAAGGUGUUUAAGCCUCGUACCCCACCAGAGGCCAUUGCCCUCUGCUCUCGACUGCUGGAAUACACGCCGGUGACCAGGCUGUCUCCCCUGGAGGCGUGUGCACACGCCUUCUUCGAUGAGCUGCGCCAGCCCAAUACCCGCCUGCCCAGCGGACGAGAACUGCCGCUCCUCUUCAACUUCAGUCCCGUUGAGCUGUCUAUCCAGCCCCAGUUGAACUCCACACUCAUUCCUCCUCACGCUCGUGCACAGACAUCGCCUGCCUCACAUGAGGGCAGUGUGUCAGACAGUUCCGCCCAGCCCAGCUCAGCGCCUGGAUCCAUCAACAACAGCACCUGAGCAUCCAUCCCCUCUGUCAUCCUUUCUUUUUGUCUUCCCCAUUUUCCUUUUCUCUACUCUGCUCUUCUCCCUCUCAACCUUCCUCCUGGCUCCAAAUCCUUCAGAUAGAAAAGAAAUGACUACACACACAC